CAGGUAUGAGCGCGAAGCCCAAUGAACCGAUCAGAAUAAACAAAUGGGAUGGGCCGACCGUCAAAAACACACUGGACGAUGCUAUAAAGCAGAUCCUGAACGACAAAGUUGGGUGGAAAGAAUACCAUUCUUUGAUGGAUGGCAGAUUACUCAUCUCUUUCAUCGCUGUCUGCUUUUCUGCGACUGCCAUUGUCUAUGAUUAUAUUCAUCCAUUCCCGAAGUCAAAAAUCGUUCUGGCUGUAUGCUCGGUCACGUACUUCAUUCUGAUGGGUGUACUACAACUAUACCAGUGGUACGUGGAGAAGAAGACGUUUUAUCAAGCUGAGGAGUCUGACGGCAAGCACAAACGAAUUUGGAAGUGGAGUUCCGAGCUGAAAACUUAUGACGAUAAGUACACACUCUCUGCCGAAUUUUCCAAGGAAACGAGAUCAGGCCAGGGAAAAAUUACUAAAUCGAUUGGUGCCUACAUCAACGAAGCAGGGGAGGUCGUUGUGCCCUUGCUGAAGAAAGAUGUGGAUCAACUCUACGACAACCUCAUGAAAGGAGAGCAAUAGGAGACGUUUAUAUACCCGAUGUUUUUUUGUCAUUGUUUACGGUCUUCGAUGUGUGAUGUGUAUAGGCGGCCUCAUUUCCAGAGUCACUCGGUGUAGUUGCAGCACAAAACCUUUGUUGCUUGCUAUCGAAUAUGGAGAGGUUUUGAUCCCUUUUGAAGCAUGCAUUUAGCCGAUAUUGGCAUCGGUAACUCAGAAUUUGAGGACGGCCACAUAAAGUAUGCAUUAAUAUAUGUGCAUGGUUCUGUUACCGGAAAAUCAUUUUUAUUGUUGGGAUUUCGCAUCGCAAACAGUCAUAUCAUAUAGCUUCUUCUUUGUUUUUCGCUGUUCUGCGUCAUUGUUGAUAAAGUUGGGCUCA